AUGUGGAUAAGUCUACUAGGAGUAAUCCUCAUUCCGCUCAUGUUCACGAGGACAACCGCCGAACGGGCUAGUAUCACUCACAUAGAAAUCUGCGACGUCGAGGUCGACGCCGAUAUCGGUGGAGAUGGUAUCCGGAUCGCGACCUGGGUGCAAGAAUCAGUCCUCCUCCUCAUCGCGUUCCUCGGCACCUUCCACUGCUCGGCCACCGGCGCCAAGGAGAUUGGUGCCGGCCUGGCGCUCACGCACGUUUCCUUGGUCAUCGCGCUGCUCGUGCAAUUGGGCCGCGGGUCUCUCACCUCCGCGGAUGCCAUCCUCGGCUCGAUGAUUAUCGAUUCGCAAUGUAGCGCGCUUUCCAUGCAACUCGUGGCGAAGGAGACGUUGGCAUCGCGGUUGCAGGUCGCCACGGUUCUUCUAUGCCAGAUACUAGGCCUCACAGUCCUACCCAUCCUCGUCGACGGCUUCGGCAGCGGCAAGUUUGCAACGAAAGACUGCAGCUGUGUUGCGGUUUUCUGGUGGGGUUGGCUCAGCGAUUGCUCGGCAUUCGCACCUCGGGAGAUGGCUAUUUUCUGGACCUACUAUGCUUAUCGCUGCGUAGCCUUCCUUCAGUGUUGCUACCACUCUCUCAGCAACACGAUACAGUUUCACGAUGCCGAAAAGCACGGCACGCGUCUGGAGGGCAUAACAUACCCCACUAUGAUCGUUUCUGAUCUUGAGCCCCCGAAUGACGGCAUGCCCAACGAUACUGACUCCGCUUCCGAAGAUGAGGAAUUCCUAGAACAGGAAGCGAAGGCAGAUGGGUCCAGAUAUCCCGAUUACCCGGCGACGGUAUCGCUCAUGUACACGGUAUACGGCCUGUUCGCCCUAGUUUCCAUGGCUGCGGCCGAGAUUGCAAUGAGAGACUACGGCCUGCGUCCGAGCUCCCAGUUGUUCUCCGUCGGUCAGAUUAUCGGCAUGGUGGUGGCGGGAGCAACCAUUGUUCGGGGCCUGUUCCUCCUCACUAUGAUGCUGCUUGCGGGCGGCGCUGGCUUUACGUGGCCGUUAUCGUUUGAAGUUGGUCUGGAGGUUGCUGGAUUUGGCCCACGAUCUAGGGGACGUACGUGCUCCUAUCGGGAACAGGGGAGGGCCCGCGCUUUCCCCAGGCGGGGGACGCACCGGAUGGAGUCUUACGACUUGGCAAUAUCGUCGGGAAAACAUCGGACCCGCACCAACAGCUCCUUAUGGUGGCUGAACCAGACUCGUUAG